AUGGCUUCAAAUGAUGAAUAUGUCUUGGUUUCUUCCCCUCAUCGGACGAAGCCCAUCUCAAACGCUUCUCACACUCACACUUCGAAAUCAAUUGAAACAAUUUUGAAAAAUAAUAAAGGUGAUUAUAAAAUUGUGAAUAAUCCAAGUAAACGAUUGACAACAACGUGUUGGACUUUAUUUGGAUUUCCUGCUCAAGCGAUAGAUGGAGGCGAAUUUGAAAUUAUUCAAGGAUUUGCAUCUUGCAAACAAUGUUUCGAAACAUUCCGAUAUGUUUGUGGAAGUACUACUAGUUUGAAUCAACAUCAAUGUCCAAAAUCACUUCCACGAGGUCAACAAUCAAUCAAAGAUAGUGUGCAUUCAAGUGCACAACGUUCUGCUAUUAUUGAAAAGACAAUCAGGAAGAAGAAAGAGAAUGUGAAACGACUUUGUGCUCAAUGGCCGGCAACAUCAAUGCGUCCUUUUCAAAUCGUUGCUGAUCCAGGAUUCAAACAAAUUUCGCAAGAAUGCUUAAGUAUAGGCCGGGAAAUGCGUUCUGAUCAACCUGUGAUGGUAGAAGAGAUAUUAUGUUGUGAUCGAACAGUACGAAAUGAAAUCAACAGAAUGGCAGACGAAGGACGUAAAGAAUUAAAACAAAAACUAAUUGAUGUUGCACAACUUGGAGGAUUAUGUCUAAGUCCAGACAUAUGGACUGAUAAUUAUCGAAAAGUAUCUUAUCUUGGAACAACUGCUCAUUACAUAGAUGAACAGUAUCGCUUCCAUUCAAUUGAUUUGUUUUGCACGGAAUUCAAAGCAAAGAGAAAAACAGGAGAUGAGAUCUUGAAAGUGAUUGAAGAACAAUUGAAAGUUUUCGAUUUAUACGACUAUAUCGAUUUGAUCACAUUUGUUACUGAUCGUGGUGCCAAUUUCAUCCGAGGAUUACGACAUCGUAAAGUACUGCACUGUGUGGCACAUCGAUUGAACAAUAUACUCAAAAGAACGUUUUAUCAGCAACCAAAACAAAACAAAAAGAUGUCGAAAGUGACACCAAGCAAAUCAGCAUGUAGAGUUUUUAUUGACACAGAAAUAACGCCUUCAAAAGAAACCAAAAGAAGAACACCUUCUAGACAAUCAUCGCCUGAAAUUGGAUAUCCAUAUGUGGACAAUAACAAUGAAAAUGAUGAAGAUAGUGAUUCAUCAGACGAUUCUUCUAACGAUGAUGAAGAUGAUGAAUUUUUCUUAUUAGAUUAUUCCACCACAACGUUAGAGAAUCUUCCACAGUCAGCUAAACUUGUUAUACAAACAAUUAAAGACUGCAAAGCGCUAGUUGCCUAUGUGAAAAAGGCCAGUUUAAAUCGUGAAAUGCAAUUACAAGAUGAAGUGAUAUCGAAUAAUUCAACAACUACUGACGAAUCAUCAUUACCGAAUGGAAAACAGUCCAACAUGGUUACCACUCUUCAUCAAUCGUCUAUUGUCAGAUGUUUAUCUUUAAGUGAUCUUUUGGAAAGUAUAAAAAGAUCAAAUGAACCUUUACGAGUAAUUUUAACUCAACGCAAUGAACAACACAGAAUUGAAAAAAUCAACAUGUCAAUUGUUCAGCAGCUGAUUGAAUUUUUUCAACCAUGGAAAUACAUUUUAAAGGAGAUUCAAAAAGGGAACUCACCUUCUCUAUUUGCUGUUCUUCCCUGUGUAACGUUUUUGAAAGAAGAUCUCAUCAAUCGUGAAAAGAAAGAAAAAUAUGGUAUGAAAUUCUUUGCUAAACGUGCUCAACAACUAUUGAAUUCUAUGUUCCAAGUGGACGAUAUCCAUGUGAUAGGCGCUUUUCUACAUCCGAAUUAUAAAACAUUGAGAUUUGCAACAUCAACUCAAAUAGAUUGUUGCCAUCAAAGAUGUCGAAAUGCCGCAAUACCUGAGGGAAUUGAUAAUGCUCAAGAUGAAGAAGCGCCGGUCUGUGAACCCAAGCAAAAACGUCAAAAGGUAUUCAUGAAAUCUUUAAUGGAUCAUAAUGUGGAAGCAAAACGAAAGAAAGUGAAGCAAGGAAAAGAUGAAGUUGACAGGUACAUCGAAUUUGAUCUACAAGGCAAAGUAUAUCUGGAUCCACUUCAUUUCUGGAAAGAGAAUGAAUCGAAUUUUCCGUGUUUAUCUCGUUUGGCUAAGAGAUAUCUUUCAAUUCCGUGCAACUCUGCAGCGGUAGAACGGGAGUUCAGUGCAGCGGGACAAAUUAUUUCGCAACGGCGAUCUACAAUUGAACCAUCAACAGUUGACAAUAUACUGUUUCUACGGUCAAUUGCGAACAAUAAAAUAAAAACGACAACUACGUAG